AUGGAAAUUGAAGAUUUGUCCGAUGUGUCGGCCUCUGAUGAGGACGAGCAAGAGCCUGCUGCCGUGCCCAGCUCCGCUAUAGCUCACGGUAGUGGCAAGCGCGAGAGCCAACAGCAACAAAACGGGAACCGGAAUGGCGUACGGCAGUCAUCUGAUGCAGCGGGAGCUGCUGGGGUACCCAGCGUUGUGCUGGCGGCGGCGGCUGUGGACCGCGAUGCUGAGGCGGCGCUGCUGGCGGGGCAGCUGACCAGCGAUGCAGCCCUGGUGCAGCUGCAGGUUAGCGAUUUCUUGGCAGAAUUGCGGCCACGGGCGCUCAAAGGCUCGCCACUGGUCACUGCCCUGCAGCAGCUGCGUGGCGUGCUGGCCGCCAUCAAGCCCCGUGAGGUGCCAGGUACCCUGCUCCCAGGGUUCAUACAAGAGCUGGGACUCGCGCCAGGGGAGGUCUCCCUGUCCUUCGAGCCGCCCUCUGCGGUUGAGGUGGUCGGCAGCUUCCCGCUUGGCUGCUGCCCCGGGCCCCAGCCUGCCGUGGCGGACAUUGCGGUCACGAUGCCGGCGUCAUGCUUCCACAAGAAGGAUCACAUCAACUACAGGUACCACGCCAAGCGCGCACUGUACCUGGCGUUCCUGUCCAAACAGCUGGCCAGGCAUGCAGCCUACCGGGACCAGCAGCUGCAGCCUGUCACGGCCGACCCCACCCGCCCCGCUCUGCUGGUGCGCCUGACGGCUCCUGCGCUGACGCUGCGGCUGCUGCCUGUGGUGCCGUGUGGCUUGUUUCCGCCGCACAAGCUGGCACCGGACCGGAACAACGUGCGGUGGGUGUCGCGCGGCGCUGCUGCAUCUGCAUCUGCACCUGCAGCUGCGGCUGCCGUUCCUGUCAAGCAGCAGCAAGCAGCGCUGGUGCAGCAGCAGAGGCAAAAGCAAGCCAAGGAGCACCAGCAGCAGCAGCAGCAGGAGCAGGAGCAGCAGCCGCAGCAGCCGCAGCCAGCCAUUCCCAGCAGAAGCGAACAGCCAUCAGCCUCAAGCGCUGCAGCGGAGUGGCUGGCUACACCGCACUACAACGCGGGUGUGCUGGCCGAUAUGACUGCGACGGAGCAGGCAGCGGCGCUGGCGACGCGGCUGCAGGGCAGUGCCCCCCUGAGGGACGCGGUGCUGCUGCUCAAAGCCUGGGCUGCGCAGGCAGGCCUGGCCUGUGGCAGCGCCAGCAGCGCUGUCGGUGGCGAUCACAGCAGCGCAGCACACGACGGGGGCGGCCUGAGCGGCCACGUGCUGGCGGCUAUCCUGCUGGUGGCCGCGGAGCGUGCGGGCCCCAGUGCGGCGGUGAUGACGUCGUUUCAGCUGUUCAGGGCGGGCCUCGCGCUCCUGGGCGACGCGGCCGCCUGGAGCAGGGGCCUGGCGCUGGCGCGCGCCGGCCAGCCGCAGCAGCAGCAGCAGCAGCAGCAGCAGCAGCAGCAGCAGCAGCAGCAGCAGCAGCCCGGCGCCCAGCACCAAGGUCCCCCGGCCAUGUCGGUCUUCAAGAAAGCGUUUGGUGUGGUGUUGCUGGACUCGUCCGGCUGGCUCAACCUGGCUGCCAGCGUGGCGCCGUCAAUGCUGCAGCAAGCGCAGCUGAUGGCGCGCCGCGCACUGCAGAGCCUAGACCACCCUGCAGACCCUGAGGCGGCGUUUGCGGCGGUGUUCCUCACUCACUGA